GGCCCGCCAGCCGGCCGAUAGGUGAACGUGCUCCGGUUGUGACUAGGGAGGGCUUGUUGCUGUCAAGAGUAUGAGACACUGUUAAAUUUCAAGUAGCACAAGGAUACUAUAGCAGGCCUUAACAUACACUGCAUGGGGCUUCAAAAUACCUCGAAAAUUAGCAAAUCUCAAUACCCAGCAGGUGUUUGGCUCCCUACACUUGUCCCGUCUCUCAGUGCUAACACGCUCAUGCUAUACUUUUCUUUUACUACUUUAUUCCGUCAACAUCGCAGGAUUGUUAUUAAGGAUACGAUGUUUUAUCGAGAAAUGGUGUACGCAAUGAAAUAAUGAGCUGAAUCAAUAUGGAGCUCAACCUAACUUUACCUAACCCACCGCUCAGAUGGAAACGCUUUUAUUAACAUCACGCAAUCUUAUCGCAAGUUAAUCAGACUUGUUAUUGUAUCCCUUCACCGCAAUAUGUGCUAUCUGUCACACCACCCCUGUCACCACCGCAAAGCUAACGCAGGGAAUACAAGGGGCAGGACAGGGGUUGAAGAAUGUGCUAACAGCUGAGCAGGGAGCGGGAGACAAUCAGCUGAUCACCAUGGGGGCGGACGCGGUGCCUGUGUCUGUGAUGACUGCUUUUUUCGGGGUGGUUGGCGUGGUGCUGCCCUUCAUUGUAGCUAAGGGCCCCAACAGAGGGGUGAUUCAAGUGGUGCUGGUCAUCACGGCCGCCUCCUGCUGGCUCUUCUGGCUGCUGGCGUACAUGCAUCAGAUGAAUCCCCUCAUAGGGCCACAGUUGGUCAACACCACUGUCAUCGCCUUACAGUACCUCUGGGAUCACAACUUGGUGCUGAAUGUGAGUGAGAAACUAGACUCACUACUAGAGUCUCCACUCACCUAGCACUAGACGCUACCUAGCCCCACACUGCAGAAGUAGGGCUCUUCCACCAGCCUAGCACGUACAAGUUGAGGUGGAGGUGGAGAUGGAAGAUGAAGUGUUGAUCUGACUGAAGAUAAGGUGUGAAGUGGUGGCUGGUGUAGCAGGAGGAGGAUGAGGAAGAUAGAAAGUUGAUAGAUCUGAUAAGGAAUGAAACAAAAUAGUGGUAGUGUAGAAAUAUGAGGAGAAUGAAGAUGACUAGUAACAGUAGCAGUAGUUGUAUUUAUAAUCUUGUAUAUUAAUAAUUCAGGUUGAAAUAUUAAACUCAUUCAGGUGUGAGUGUCUGUGGGGCGAUAUCCUGAAUACGUUUUGCUCCAAGGAAUCAGGAUAAGGGAUUCUCAGCUUGUAUAUAACCCUUGCCUGUCACCACUACCUCCUCUGAACAGUCUUAGUCUUAACAGUGUCUGACUCAAUCUAUAUCUGAAGUAAAGGGGAACGACAGUGAGGUUUUACUAUAGAAGACUGCCUUGCACUCCUGCCGUGGACCAAGUGGGAUUCUUUAACCUCUUCAGUACUGGGAUGCAUUUUUACCUCAUGUUUUGUGUAUGAUUAGAUGAUUUUAUUGACAUUACGAAGGGUGUAUGGAGGUCAGAAGAUUAAUGGCCAGUCUUCACUACUUUAAUUCCUUGAUAAGUUUAUGAAGUUGUGUAAAAUCAUCAAAUAAUAAGCAGAAUGAAUAUGAAAACGUGGCAUGGUACUGAAGAGGUUAAGGCCCGUGCUUGGCCAAGAAGGUAUCAGAAGUCAGGUUUUCUAGUGUCAAUGGGUCAGUCGAUGAUGAAUUGGAAGAGAGAAGUGCUGAAGUUACUCGCCUUCUGACUGCAAAUGUACAAUGGGUGAUUUAAAAAGUUGAGUGAAUAUUUUGUUUAUUGUAUGUGUUUUAAAUGUAAGAAACAGCAAUGUCAUUAUCUUAUCUGUGUAUGAAACAUUAUCAUCUCUAGUUGCUCGUAUGUCGUUUUGAAUAUAACUUGAGAAACAGCUGUGUGUGUAAUGAUCUUUUCUCUAUGUAGCAGAUGUACUUUUGUUUAUCUAAUGUUAAUGCACUGCUGUCUAUUCGAGUUUUGUGUAGUUUUAAUAUCAUUUGAAGCUCUUUGCUGUAAAAUUUUUAUCAAGGAUUGUUUUGAUAAUAAAAGAAAUACAUGAUUGCAA